AUGACGAAGAGCCUUUGGGUCGCCUGUGUUUUUCUCACAUUCGCCAUUUUCGUGAUUACCCAAGCGUCUGCCUCGAACGAGACGCAGCCUAGCGAGGAUUACCAGGAUCUAAAAACGUACGACGUGAAGACCAAGGGGAAGGAACCGAAGGCGAAAAAGUCCAACGAAUCGAUUAAAGACGCCGAGAGCAAUCUCAGGGCCAAGGCUAAACCGGCCCCGAAGAAGUACAGGAUCGUUCUGAUGGGAACGAGAGCGAAGACCCCUGACGAAGAGAAGUACCGUCUACCCGUGGAGAAAAUAACCGAAACGGUGAUCCAGAGCGACGAGCAAUACAAGGACAGAGCGAAAAGAAACGCGACCGUGCUGAAAGAAUUGAAAGACGCGAAGAAGAGCCAGAAGAAGCUGAAGCUGGCACAGAGUCGGACUGGUUACAAGAAUUGGAAGAACAAAGAGCGGCCGAGCGACUCGACCAAAGAUAAAUCGUUGGACAAGACGCUGAAGAUCAGCAAGCGUCAAGUGGACUAUUUGGCGGAGGAUAAAAAUCGAUUGGAAAGAUCGGCGCGUUACGCGGUGACCAGGAAUUUCAAGGAUGAGAAGUAUUACGCGCAGAGGAAGGCGGUUAUGGACAGAUUUUACGCCCGGCAGAAAGAAAUCGCGGAGAAGUACGCGAGAAAAGUGUCCACCACUCCGAAGUACAUCUACAGGUACGAUAUAGGAGAGGAGAUGGACAGGAACAACGUAUCCUCGACUAUUAAGACGACCGCGGACAAGAUCGCGGAAACUGGAAACGCCAGCAGGUAUAACGAUCUCGGUACCAGUACUACCGCUGCUCCUACGACGCAGAUCGAGCAGAUCGAAGAAACGGUAACGGUAGCUAGUCGCGAUAGUCGUGGCAACCAGCUACAAAUUACGGACAAUUGGUCGGAGGAUAACGUGGAGGAAGACGAGUCGGACGAUUACGAUUACUACGUGCAGGAAGAUGUGAAGUAUAAGCCAGUAGCCGAAGCAACUUUGGACGAAAAUGGCACCAUGAACGACAGUAAAUGGGAUGCGGCCGACGACGGGAUGGACACGAUAAGAUGGGGCAAUUGCUCGGGUCAAUUAGUUUAUGUGCACGAUCUAAUAAUCGGUGUACACAACGCGACGUACACUGACGCAAAUGCAUCGACAUUCUUGGAGGUACCGUACUGCGUCACUUGCAUCAUCAUGAUACCGACAAACACGAGCAAAGCGUUAAGCGACAUGAACAUAAAUCGCAAUAACGACAACGGCCACACCAACGUGGUACUUACAUUGAGAGGCUUUCGGGACGAGAACUUACGCUAUACCUUGAAGAUAUGGGGUAUUAGCAAAAGCAACGACCGUUGCGACCACGUGUGAGCGAAAAUUUGAUCGAUCGUUGUAGCAUGACUUUACAUUAAAAAACGAUUCUAACCUAUACAACGUCCUUGCGUACACCGAAUUCAUUCUUCCUUCUUCGUGCCACUCGUCGUCCGUGAAAAAUCGUCGUUCCCUCGUGACGAUAUGAGAUAA